AUGGAGGGAACUCUGGACGAGUACUUCGAAAGUCCUAGGUUUGAUUUAAAGGAUAGUGUGCAACUUUGUCAAGAUGUCUUACAGGGACUGAACUUUUUGCAUUUACAUAACAUUCUUCACCGGGAUCUCAAACCAAGUAAUAUUUUAUAUAAAUGGUAUCCCAAGCUUUGUUUGAAGAUUGCUGACUUUGGUCUAAGCUGCCUUAUCGAAUAUAACUCUACUACAGUGUUUGGUACCACUGCUGGAAGAAGAUAUUGGAUUGCUCCAGAAGUGUUGGUAAAAGAUCGACACUCUAAAGCAUCGGACAUGUAUUCCUGUGGUCUUCUUCUUCAUUACAUUUUGUCAGCAAACAAGCACCUGUUUUCUUUAAAGGAUGGCGCUAAUAAAGAUGAAUUGCAGUUUGGUGACGAAACUGAAACAAACCUACUUCAUGGCUAUUUCAAAGGAAGGGACUACUCUCUUAGUCCUGAAGGUGCUAACCUCGUGGUGCAACUACUUAAAUACGAAGCAAGGAAUCGACCAACUGCUGCAGAAUCAUUGGCUCACUCCUUAUUUUGUACAUUAACGAAAAAAUAA